UGUUCUUCGUCUUAAGAAAAGAAGGCAAAUGAAGCGAAACCUGAACGAACAUGUGUUGGAAACACUGAGCAAGUGCAAUCAUCUGAAUCAUCUGAAGCAACUUCAGGGUUACCUCACCACUCUCGGCCACGCCCAUACCCACUUCUACGCCUUCAAGCUUCUUCGCUUCUGCGCCCUCGCUCUCUCCGACCUCUCCUAUGCACGCCUCAUCUUCCACCACCACCCGUCCCCCAACACCCACCUCUUCACUGCAAUCAUCACCGCCUACGCUGCCCACCCUUCCAACCACCCCUCCGUCCUCAUCCUCUUCCGCCACAUGCUACGCUCCCAGACCACCCGCCCCAACCAAUUCAUCUUUCCCCACGCGCUCAAAGCAUGACCGGACUCAUGCGCCGUUGAUUCACUGCAUGCCCAUAUCAUUAAAUCCGGGUUUCUCCACUACCCUGUCGUGCAAACGGCGCUAGUUGACUCUUACUCCAAGGUUUCCGGUGGGUUACCGGAUGCAAAGAAGGUGUUUGAUGAAAUGUCUGAGAGAAAUGUGGUGUCUUUUACCGUUAUGGUUUCUGGGUUUGCUAGGGUGGGGGAUGUUGAGAGUGCGGUGAGGGUGUUUGAUCAGAUGCCCGUGAGAGAUGUGCCGUCGUGGAAUGCUCUCAUUGCUGGGUGUGCUCAGAAUGGGGCUUUCACUCAGGGGAUUGAGUUGUUUAGGAGAAUGGUUUGGGAGCGUAAUAGGCCGAAUGGGGUUACUGUGGUCUGUGCACUUUCGGCUUGCGGCCACGCGGGGAUGCUCCAGCUUGGGAGAUGGAUACAUGGUUAUGUGUACAAGAAUGGGUUUGUAUGUGACUCGUUUGUCUCGAAUGCGCUUGUUGAUAUGUAUGGGAAAUGUGGAAGCCUUGGAAAAGCAAGGAAGGUUUUUGGGAUGAAUCCGGAGAAGGGGUUGACUUCAUGGAACUCGAUGAUUAACUGUUUUGCGUUGCACGGGCAGAGUGAGAGUGCAAUUGCCAUUUUUGAGCAUAUGGUGGGGUCUGGUGGCGGCGUGAGACCGGAUGAGGUCACCUUCAUUGGUUUGUUGAAUGCUUGUACUCAUGGUGGAUUGGUUGAGCAGGGUUAUAGGUAUUUUGAGAUGAUGGGUCGGGAAUAUGGGUUAGAGCCGAGGAUCGAGCACUACGGGUGUUUGAUAGACCUUCUUAGUCGAGCAGGGAGGUUUGAUGAGGCAAUCGAAGUUGUCAAUGGUAUGAGCAUGGAACCAGAUGAGGUUGUUUGGGGUUCUUUGCUUAAUGGAUGUAAGGUGCAUGGCCGGACUGAUUUGGCUGAAUUUGCGGCCAAAAAACUGCUUGAAAAAGAUCCACAUAAUGGAGGUUACGGUAUAAUGUUGACCAAUGUAUACGGGGAGUUGGGACAGUGGGAUGAAGUGAGGAAUUUGAGGAGAACACUGAAGCAGCAAAAGUCUUAUAAAGUUCCAGGGUGCAGCUGGAUUGAGGUUGAUGACCAGGUUCAUCAGUUCUAUGCUCUUGACGAAUCGAAUCCAAAGAUAGAAGAGUUGUACGGGCUCUUGGAAAGUCUCGUUGGUUUUAAAAAUGAAGUCGUGGUUGAUCUGUAGUCCGUGACCUGAACAGUUUUGAACUCACCAUACUACAUUUGGAGGAUUAAACAGAAGAAAAAUCAAUUGAAACCCAAUUUUUUGAUAAAAGCCAGUGCUGACCUUGCAACUAUUUCCUGGUACAUACAGCCACAUCAGAUGACCAAGGAUUUUUCUAGUGACACCAAAUUGUUUGACGUAAUUAUUCUCUCGUGUCCUCGCAACUCCGAAGAUUUAUCAAGAACAGAGAAACAGAGGGAAAAAAACAGCCAUGUCUAUAUUUUAUUUAUUUUGGUUGGACCACUGUAUCAUAUCAACAAGCUGUCUAAACCUAGUCCAGUUUUUUAUUCCUGGGCUGUUUUUUGGCAACGUAAACUACAAAGGGAAGACAUACCCACAAUCUUUGAAUUUCGUUUCUCUGAAAGAUGUAAUUGAAGGAUGCUUUAGUAUAUCUGAUUCUCAUGCAAACAUGACAAAAUUCUUCAGCCACAUUAUACGACCAAAGGUGACAACUUGGCCAUGGUGAGAGUAAGCACUCCAUUCUCUAACCUAGCCUUGAGAGAAUCAAAAUCUACAUUGUCUGGUAACUUGAACUGCCUCCAGAAUUUGCCAUAAGAUCUCUCCAC